AUGGCUGCAGCCCAUCGCCAUCGCAAAUCCGUUGCUGCAGAUCACCCUGUCCGCUCCUCCGAAAACGUUGAAUUUCUCACCGACAAAGAGAUUGAAGAAUUUCUUGACGAUCUCGAUCACGAUAACGACGGACACAUAAACUACGAAGAAGUUGAGCGCAAACUCGACCAAGAACAUGCCAAUCUGGUCCCCAAGCCGAGCGCCCACAAUGUCAUCAGUGAAGACCACAGCGACGAUGACAGCACACGCCAUGCCUUCUUGCGAAGGAUGAUGGGUGAUUCAGGCGUGGAUCGCAUCCCAAGAGACGAGUUUGCCAAGAUGGUCAAGGAGUGGAAGAUUCCUUCACUCAAGCAGGCCAAAAAAGAAGAGGAGGAAGAUAAGAGCUACAUCAAGAAACUACCAGGUUGGAGACGAAUUCGUUCGUACUGGGCUGUCCACGGACCUGAGAUUGUCUUUCUUGGUGUUGUCAUCAGUAUGCAGUUAGCCUUUGGAAUAUGGCAACUGGUCAAGUACCAGACCACACCUGGGUACCGCGCUGCCUUUGGCUGGGGUGUUGUCAUGGCAAAGACCUGUGCCGGAGCUUUGUAUCCAACCUUCUUCUUCCUGAUCCUCAGUAUGUCACGAUACUUUUCCACAUGGCUGCGCAGGUCGUACCAUAUUUCGCGAUUCUUCAAUUGGGAUCUCUCGCAGGAGUUCCACAUCAGGAUAUCCUGUGUCGCUAUUCUACUUGCGACACUGCAUGCUAUCGGGCACUUGACUGGAUCUUUCGUUCAUGGCAGUGACCCCGCGAAUGAGGAUGCAGUUGCAGAGGCACUUGGCCCUGAUAUGGUGCCUCGACCUUACAUCGACUAUGUCCGAUCCCUACCCGGCUUCACUGGUAUCACUGCUCUUGGCCUCUUUUGGAUCCUCUGUUUGCUCAGUAUCCCACAAGUGAGGAGGUGGAACUAUGAGGUCUUUCAGCUUGGCCACCUGCUCAUGUUUCCCAUCAUUGGCCUCAUGAUGGCCCAUGGUACAGCAGCUUUACUCCAAUGGCCUAUGUUCGGUUACUUUCUCGCCUUCCCGACGCUUUUGGUGCUUGUAGAGCGUGCUGUCCGUGUUGGUCUCGGAUUUCACCGCAUCAAAGCGACCAUGAAGGUAUUGGACAAGGAGACUGUCGAGAUCACUGCAAUUAUCCCCAGUGAACGUCUCUGGAAGUACAAGGCUGGCCAGUACAUCUUUUUGCAAGUUCCCAAGAUCAGCUUCUUCCAAUGGCAUCCUUUUACCGUCUCAUUCUGUCGAGGCAACAAGAUGAUGCUGCAUAUCAAGACCGACGGCAACUGGACUGCGAAACUUCGUGAGCUUGGAGGUGAGUCGGGAGAGUCAGAGAUCGAGGUUGGUAUCAAUGGUCCUUUCGGUGCACCUGCUCAACGCUUCUACGACUUUAACCAUUCCAUCAUCAUUGGUUCUGGCAUUGGCGUCACGCCCUUCUCUGGUAUCCUUGCCGACUUGCAAUACAACGACGAUCUCGACCACGGCGGCCCAAACCACGAAGUCGAUCAUCACCGUCACGAUUCUGAAACAACUGCCACUCCACCAACUGCUCGUAGGUCAGACUCGAGCAGCAGCGAGGAAGCGACCAACAGCGACAACGUCCCUGAGACACCCACCCGACAAGGAAGCAUCGGCCCUGAUCUCAUCAACAAAGAGAAGCAACCCCAAACCGAUAGAGCGGGCACCUUUGCCGAAGACUACCGACGUGUGGACUUUCACUGGACCGUCCGUGAUCGGAACUAUCUUCUUUGGUUGUCUGACCUUCUCAACGAUGUGUCCAUGAGUCAAGACUGGCAUCGUGAGCAUGAAGACAAACCCCAUCUCGACAUUCGCAUCAACACCCAUGUGACAGCCAAGCAGAAGAAGAUAUCAACUCACGUAUACCGCUGGCUUUUGGAGAUGCACCGUACAGAUGAACAUCCUACGUCGCCGCUCACAGGUCUUCUCAACCCAACUCACUUUGGCCGACCGGACUUUGAUCUUAUUCUCGAUGAGCAUUAUGAAGAGAUGCUCAAGUUCCGAGCGAACAAGAGGACAAGAACUAGGGACAAGGAGGACGAGAAUUAUCAAGAGGAUGAUGAGCUAAAGGUUGGAGUGUUUUACUGUGGCGCCCCUGUUGUGGGCGAGAUUCUGGCGGACAAGUGCCGGGAGCUUACGCUGCGUGGGUGGCAGGAUGGAAGUAAGUUGGAGUAUCACUUUAUGAUCGAGGUCUUUGGAUAA